CGCGCGCGCAUUCACGCACACUUCUGCGUGGUAGUGGUCGUCGCUUUUGUUAUUUUUUCAAUCCCGCCAGCCACUUGCUGCUUUGGCUUGUUCACUGACUUUUUACAAGUGUAUAACUUUUGUUUAACCAUAUUUGACUCGAAUUACUUCGUAACCGGUGUUUAAAUACUGUGAAUAUAUAUAAAUUUACUAGUUACAUCAAGUGAAAUCUGUCAAGUAAAGUCCAGAUGUUAGAAGAGCAAACGGCAACAACCUCGUUUUGUGUCAACAAAAUAUAAACAGUGAUCCGGACAAGUUAUACGAAACAAAAAGCGUAUAGUGAUGAAUUAAACAAUGGUCUAAACUGGAUAUUGUAGAAUGGGCUUCAUUCACUCGCGCCACUGGAUUAUUGGAACUUGAAUUUUGUUGCGACUUCACCCACAUAACGUUUAUGUUUAACCGCCAGCCAUGAUGGGGCCCAGACUGUACAGAGUCGCUGCUUUAAUGCUACUCGGAACUCUGAGCAAGGGGCAACUGCCCGAAGAUGACUUCAGGAUAGUCAACAGACAAGAUCUCCUGGCGUCCGACAGCGAUAUGUUCGAAGAUAACAGCACUAAGUCAUUUUCGCAACUGCUGUUCGAUGUGGCAAGGGACCAGCUGAUCGUGGGCGCAAGGGAUACGCUGUACCGGCUCUCGUUACGCGGUCUCCGGCCGCUAGAGCGCGCUGAUUGGCCCGCGCCCGCCAACAAGUCGCACCUGUGCCAAGACAAGGGCCAGACGGAGGACGACUGCCACAACUACGUUAAAGUACUGCUCAGCUACGGCCACAAACUGUUCGCGUGUGGAACUAAUGCGUUCAGUCCUGAGUGCAGCUGGAGAGAGAUCGAGUCAAUAAACACGGUGACAGAAUGGGUGUCCGGCGUGGCGAACUGUCCGUACAACCCGCACUCCAACGUGACUACCAUCUUGUCCAGCAGCGGCGAAUUCUAUGCGGCCACUCCUACCGACUUCGCCAGUUCGCAGACUUCCAUUUACAGGACGCGCGGCGCCUCCGCCCACAACUCGGGCACGCUCCGCACCCGCGAGUACGACCUGACGUGGCUCAACCAGCCCGAGUUCGUCGGCAGCUUCGAGGACGACUUCUACGUCUACUUUGUGUUCAGAGAGUACGCUGUGGAGUUCAUGAACUGUGGCAAGGCCGUAUAUUCCCGCAUCGCCCGAGUGUGUAAGAACGACAGCGGCAGUCAGCUCCGGCGCGACAACUGGAGCACGUUCCUCAAGGCGCGCCUCGCCUGCCCCGUGCCGGGCGACGCGCGCCUCGCGUGCCCCGUGCCGGGCGACGUGCCCUUCCACUACGACGAGGUGCAGGGCGUCGAGUACCUCCCGCAGGAGAAGCUGCUCGUGGCCACGUUCACCACGCCCAGAAACGGUAUAGCCGGCAGUGCUGUAUGCAUAUACAACAUGUCAGACAUUGAUGCGGCAUUUGAAGGCCCAUUCAAGGUUCAAAACACCCCGACAUCGUCCUGGGAACACAGGUCACCUUCUACUUGGGCAAGGGAACACUUCAGAUGCGUACAGAACCCAAGAAAUCAACAAAGCCUGGAAUACCACAACUACAUGCUAAUGCACUAUCCCAUCCAACCCAUAUCGGACGAGCCCGUCUACCGCGUGACCUCCGACCGCUUCACGCACGUCACGGUCGACGUGGCCACAUCCAAGAGCGUGGGGAAACAGCUGGUGUUGUUCGUGGCGACGCAGGACAGCGAUGUGUUGAAGCUGGCGGUGCUGCCGCGGUAUGAGGGAGCGUGUCUGGUGGAGAGGUGGCGGUUGAGGGACGGGAGGGGGUUCGCGGUGCUGUCUAUGCAGUUUGUUAAGGAUACUAUGUCGCUGUACAUCGGCAACGACAACGGCGUCCUCCGCAUCGGCAGCGAGCGCUGUUCCCGCCACGCCCGCCGCUCCGGCUGCGUGGGCGCGGCCGACCCGCAUUGCGGGUGGGACGACGCCCGUGAUGCUUGCGUACGGACGACAACACACCUACAUGACGCGUACUUCGUGCAGAAUACUGCUAGCUGCCCAGAGAAAACAGCACCAGUGGACGGCGGCUGGUCGUCGUGGUCGCAAUGGGAGCCCUGCAUGCAGGACGGAACCUCGCACUCGGUGUAUGGGGAUGAGAAACCCGACAUGUGCAUGUGUCGCACGAGAAAAUGUGACAACCCCAAACCGGUGAACGGCGGGCGGACGUGUGAAGGUGCAAGUAUAUCGGUAACGAACUGCACGGUGCACGGCGGCUGGUCGGCGUGGUCGGGCUGGUCGGAGUGCUCGGCGUCGUGCGGCAUCGCCGUCAAGUCGCGGCGCCGCGCCUGCACCGCGCCCGAGCCCAAGCAUGGCGGCCGCGUGUGCGUCGGACAGGACACCAACGACCUCUACUGCAACAACCUGCCGCCCUGUCCCGAUCCAGCGCUAGCCCCCGUAGACGGUGGCUGGUCGGCCUGGGGUCCCUGGUCGGCGUGCACGGCGGCCGGCGGGCCGGGCUGCGGGCCCUCGGCGGGCUGGAAGGAGCGCAAGCGGACCUGCACCAACCCCGAGCCCAAGUACGGCGGCGCCGACUGCGAGGGCGGCAAGGUGGACCGCCAGGUCUGCGACAUGCGCCCCUGCGAGAUCAGGAAGGGCACGGCCUGGACGCCCUGGGUGCAGAUACCGGGUAAUGCUUCGGACGGUAGCUACACUGAAAAGAGAUUCAAAUUCUCGUGUAAGGCGCCUUCUCCGGAACAAGUAAAAUUGACGCUGGCCCGCGAGGAGGAGCGGUACUGCGACCCGCUGGGCUUGUGCGUGUCGGCGGACGACGCGGGCUGGGAGCCGUGGGGCGCGUGGGGCGCGUGCUCGGCGCCGUGCGGGGGCGGGCAGCAGGCGCGGCGCCGCCGCUGCCGCCGCCCGCCCUGCGCCGGCGCGCCCGACAUGCUCCGCGCCUGCAACGUCCACGCCUGCUCCGGUGAAUGGUCGUGCUGGUCGGAGUGGAGCCCUUGCACUAGCAGCGACGGCAGCGCGGGCUGCGGCUCGGCCGGGCGGCGCUCGCGCACGCGCACGUGCCGCUCGCGCGAGGGCUGCGCCGACGCGGGCGCCGCGCUAGAGACCCGCGUCUGUGUGCUGCCGUGCGCAGAAUCGGAAGGCAACUGGAGCGCUUGGGGCGAAUGGAGCGAGUGCGAGAAUAACGAACGGACACGGCGCCGCAGCUGCGACAGCGGCGCCUGCGCCGGCACCAUGCUGCAGGUGGCCCCCUGCGACAGCGACGACAUGAGCAAUGAACUAUACGCGCUGCCCGCGUACAGCGACAGCGUCGAGAUGGCGUCGUUCGUGAGAGCGGGAGACUCGCUCAGCGUAGGAGGCAUUGUUGGCUGCGUUGUAGCCGCCUUCGUUAUGGGCUGUCUAGCUUGCUUGGCGGGGGUGAUAUACAUACAAAGACGCGGUACUCGCUUACCGUGGCGACGGUCGACUCGUGUUCCUUCAAGCCCACAUUACAUUACGGCCAAGCAGAACAGCUAUGUCACAGUGCCGCUCAAAGAUGUUCCUCGCAAAGCAAAGCGCCAGCCAUCCUUCACGGGCAUCGGCAACUCGAGCGGCAUCCUGCUCUCCAAAAGCAACAACAUCUCCAACGCGAACAACCACAACAACACCGCGACCACGCCCAAGCUCUACCCCAAGGCCAUCGCCAAUGAAUACGACUCCAUGGGGACGCUGCGGAGGCAUUCCAACCAGCCCAAUAAUAGGAACAACCUUGACAGUGAGGAGGACAAGUUUUAUUAGCUAGCCUUAGCUCGCGGGUCUACCCGUUUAGGUUCCAAUUUUAGACAAUUUGUCUAUUUAGUGAGACAGCCUCAGAGCAUGCGCGCACUGCGAUUUAAAUUUUUGCGACACGAUUUUAAAACCGCGCUGUAAUACAUAUUUUCUUGUCGCAUGUGCGCGCACCGACAUAAUUAUAAUCACAUACGUUGCAUUUCUGCGACAAAAUUAUCGCGCGACAAAAAAUUGUAGUGCGCGCUUGGCCUUAGAGUGGUAUUACCCCUGUCCAGUGUCAUGCCGUCUCAUUCUUACAUUAAGCAAAAUUUCACAAAGGAAUUGGAUAGGUGGAUUACCACCCUUAGUUAACUCAUAGUCAUAACUUACGCUCAUGACUUGUUGACUCAGGUAGUCAGUACUAAGCAUGACUGUUACAGGAUAAAUAGCGAUUUCGAAUUUAGACGCGAGUCUAAACUUGACUUGCUUGAAAACUCGGGUAAACUUGAUGAAUAUUAUUUCGCGCUGCUGUUGUAGCUGCUUCAACAAAAACGAACAGAAAAACGCCUUCAGUUUUAUAUUGCAGUCUAAAUAUGGCGGAAACGUGACCAUGUCAAGGACGUAGUGCUUUAUUAGAUCUCUGAUGGGAAUAUUUUAUGGGGUAAUAUUAGCCUUGUGUCCGUUUGGCGAAGACACAUGACACUGGUUGUGUACAAUUUUGUAUUACAACCGUUGGGAUUUGACGUUAUGUGCCUAAAUAUGGGUAUUAGUAGAUAAUAAGAAAUAGUGUUAUUUGCCAAUCCUUGUUGGAAACGAAGAAUGUUUCUAAAAGUAUUUUAGAAACAACUGAUGCCGUUAAAAAAUAAAUCUUGACAUUUAAUUAUCUUUAAUAUUUUGAAUUUGCCCUACUACUUACGGGUUGUUAAAAAAGAUUUUGUGUAAGUUGUUUCAAUGAUUCCUUGUAUUGUUAAUGUGAUAAGCGGUUAUGAAUGAAUGAGUGAAUUUCAUGAAAAAUCCAGUGCCAUGGUGAUUAAAAUUGAUAAAUAUAAUCUAUUUUUAUAUAAAAUCUAAUGUAAAUAUAAUUUCUACUAAAACUAGGCAUUUCCAAUAUGACAAAGCCAAUCAUGUGCCAUGUAAAUAAGAUAGAUUUAAAUGUAAAUAUUAAUUAUAUAAGAUAUUAUAUCAAAUAUAUAUUUACACAUAGUCCUUAGUACAAAUUCAGGUGCCUUGGGAUAUUAUGUAUACAUACAAUGAUUUUAUAUACGCAAGUUAUAACUGAAAACUAUAGUUUUACUUAUAUUUUGAAUGUUGACAACUCAA